AUGAGCUUUGAACUGAGCGCCGUACGGUACAUGCUGAGUCUUGAGCAUCCUCGCUUGCCGACAAAACAAGGAGAUUCUAACCUCUAUGUCCUCGGUGAACUUAGCGGUCACAAUGCGGUGAUAGCUUGCCUUCCAGGUAGCUCAGGCAAAGGCGCCGCGGCAAUUGUUGCCACUGAUAUGGAACGCACAUUCCCGUCCGUCAAGCACCGUUUACUCGUCGGAAUUGGAGGAGGCGUGCCUAGUUAUAAUCAUGAUAUCCGCCUAGGGGAUGUUGUUGUGAGCAUGCCCAACGACACCUAUGGCGGGGUGAUUCAAUAUGACUUGGGAAAGGAUACAGAUGCUGGCUUUCGACUUAAAGGGUCUCUUCCAUCACCUCAUGUUCGUUUACGGAGUGCUGUUGAGAUGAUGCGUUCAGAUCACAUGACAAAAUCAAACAAAAUCUUGGAUUUCAUAUCAGAUAUGUUACUACAUAUCGAUCGGCCACCACGUCAAUCUGACUCGCCUAUAAUUCAUUACGGCUUGGUUGCAUCCGGGGAUCGCGUCAUGAAAAGUGCCCGAAAACGAGACACGAUUAGCCAAGAGUUUCAAGGAAAUAUACUCUGUUUUGAAAUGGAGGCAGCUGGGCUUGGUGCUAACGUCCCUUACAUGGUGAUUCGUGGCAUAUCCGAUUAUUCAGACUCUCAUAAAUGCGAUCAAUGGCAGCACUACGCGGCAGCUACGGCAGCAGCUUCAGCUAAAGAGAUACUUUCAUACCUAGACCCUCAAGAAAAUGCCGCUGAUACCAAGACCAAAAUUCUAAGCCCACCAGGGGUUGAUGAGUCUAAUUCUGAAAAGAAGAAGCAAAGUGAAUCUUUGAUGGAAUCUUUGAAAUUUGAUCAGAUCGAUGGUCACCAAAACAAUAUCAAGAACGCAAACUCAAAGACAUGCCAAUGGCUUCUGGAGACUUCUGAAUACCUCGAAUGGCUUAAUGAUUCAGGCCUAGACAAACAUCAUGGUUUUUUAUGGGUCAAGGGAAAACCUGGUACUGGAAAGUCAACACUCAUGAAGUUUAUUCUUGCAAAUGGAAACAGACAAUGGCAAGAUAAAACAAUAGCCUCCUUCUUCUUUAAUGCGCGUGGACAAGAUUUGGAAAAAUCUACGAUAGGGAUGUAUCGAUCAUUGUUAUAUCAACUUCUACAAAAACACCCACACCUUCAGUCCCUCAACGAGGCUAAUAAAAUAUGGACAUCAAAUGGAGGAAUUUACCCCAAAUGGAGCGUUGAACCGCUGAAGGAACUCUUCAUACAGGCAAUACAGAUGCUGGAUGAAGUUUCACUGGUUUUUUUCAUUGACGCAUUGGAUGAAUGUUAUGAGCCGGAAAUUCGAGAUAUGAUGUCUUUUUUUGAGGAGGUUAGCGAUGUUUCUUCUUCGCUUCAGAUUCAAUUUCGGGCCUGUUUUUCAAGCAGGCACUAUCCACAUAUAACCAUUAGAAAUGGGUUGAAUAUAGUGCUUGAAAAUCAGCAAGGUCACGAUAACGACAUCAAUGAAUACAUCAUCCGUGAACUUCGAGUUGGCGGCAGCCGUUUAUCUCAACUAAUUAAAGAAGAGCUCCAGCAGAAGUCAUCUGGGAUUUUUCUGUGGGUUGUUCUUGUCGUCAAAAUAUUGAAUAAGGAGUAUGACGAUGGCAACGUGGAAGACUUGCAGGAAAGACUUCGUGAAAUCCCUGCUGAUUUACAUGAUCUCUUUACUAAUAUUAUUUGUCGAAGCGAGGUUAAUGAAAAGAGACUUGCAACGUGUUUGCAAUGGGUUCUCUUUGCGAAGCGGCCACUAGCGCCAGAAGAACUAUACUUUGCCAUUCUCUCUGGGAUUAAGCCUGACAGCAUCAAACCAUGGGAUGAGGAGUUAGUUUCAGAGCAAACUAUCAACCGAUUUAUCCUUAGUUCAUCAAAAGGCCUGGUUGGAAUUAAAACCAGCAAUUAUCAACUUGGUCCUCCCUUAUUCAGCGUCCCCAAAGUCCAAUUUAUUCACGAAUCAGUAAGAGAGUUUCUUCUCAACGAGAGCUACUUAAACUCAAUUUGGUCUACUCUUGAACCUGGCUCACGGGGUCAAUACCACGAUAACCUCAAAGAAUGCUGCAUAAGCUACAUCAAUCAAAUACUCAGCUACUGGAAUUCAGAGAUAUCGCGGCCACAAAUAAAAUCUCUCACGACUAGAAUAUUCCCUUUUCUUGGUUACUGCUUGCAGAACAUCUUUUAUCAUGCGAAUGAGGCGGAGAAGGCGGGGGUUUCUCAAAAGUAUUUCCUUAAUACGUUUGACCACACUAAGUUGAUCCGGUUGCGUAACGAACUUCGAAGCAAACCUUUGACGUCCAACGCCAGUCUUUUAUAUUUGCUAGCAGAGUCUAACGCACCAUAUCUCAUAAAUAUUCAUCCGUCACGUUUAGACUAUCUUAAAAUAGAAGACGAAAAAUUCGGAACACCCCUUUUUGUGGCCCUUGCGAAUGGAAAUGAAGAUUCUGUUAAGGCAUUUUUGCAGCUUGAUAUUGAAAAUAGCAACUCCUCUGUAGCCAUGUUGUUAUCAGAGAUUUGCAAAACGUACCGAAAAGGAAUAUAUCAAAGCAGCUCCACUUUUUCAAACGGUGGAAAUAUACUCUCGCGUCCACUCUCAUUAGCCGCCAUAGGGGGUCGAAAGUCUGUUGUUGAACUCCUUAUAGAGACAAAAAAGGUUGAUUUGGAUAUGAAGGACCAUUAUGGACGGACUCCUCUUUCUUUGGCCGCCUGCAGCGGUGCUAGAAGUAUUGUUGAGCUCCUUUUAGGGACGAACGAAGUUGAUGUGAACACAAAGGAUCAUGAUGGACGAACUCUUCUUUCGUUAGCUGCUUCUAGAGGCUCUGCGAGUGUUGUUGAAUUCCUCAUAGCGACAAACCUAUUCGAUUUGGAUAUCAAGGAUAAUUAUGGACUCACGCCCCUCUCCCUUGCAUGCAUCCAAUCCAAUGACGAAUACUUU